UCUCUCCAAUCUCUUCUUCUUUCUUAUUUUUAAAUUUCAAAAUUCAAAUUCCUCCUCCUAAUUUUCAACAUGAAUCCUUCCGGCUCCGGCUUCGUUCCCGACAAUCUCCCCCCGAGUGACGCCGCGAUGUGGUUCUACCAAGAGUGGGGCGAUCGACCGCCGAUAUACGAGACGCAACAAUCGGGGUACGUCGACCGAGAUUCGGUUCCGGAGACUCAACCGGAACUGUCCGGAUCGAAAAAAAGUACACGCCGGAGGAGCUACAAAGCCAAAGGCACGUUGACCGAUGCGGCACGGUCAAUCCAAAAGUGGACGCCGGAGGAGGAGUGCAUAUUGGCGUCGGCUUGGGUUGACGUCUCCGAGCAUCCUAUCAUUGGUACGGAGCAAACGAAGGAUGCGAUGUGGGAUCGUAUCGAGGAGAAGUUCUUCACGGCGAUGAAGAAGGACGGCUCCUACCGAACCCGUGACCAACUCACUUCCAAAUGGAGCCACAUCAACAAAAAAGUACGAAAGUUUAUGGGAGUAUACGAGGAAUGCUCCCGGUCCCGGAGGAGCGGCAUGAACGACGCCGAUGUUCUCCGGCUUGCCACGACCCGGUAUCAAGACGACGGGAACCAAGGCAAGGUGCCCAUCGAUCUUUGGGGGAUUUUGAGUCGUUCCCCGNGGCAACAACUCAACAAUCCCGACGGCGUAUCAUUCCGGAAAAGAUCCACCGUCGACGCCGAGGUUGAGGUCGACGAGACCAUCGGUUCUACCGAUCAAAUCCCUUCCUUCAACGUUGCGGCUUCCGAUGACGAGGACCCCAUUCCACGGCCGAUCGGAAGAAAGAAGGCAAAAUCCAUUGCCUCUGGUUCGGGAGGGUCCGCCUCUAUUUCCGCUUCUCCCCGCGACGAAAUCGGCCGGGCAAUGGUUGAACAACUUCGGGCGUUCAAUCUCCAAGAACAAGAGAGGUUGAAGCUUAAAGAGAAGGAGUUGAAGCUAAAGGAGCAGGAGGCCGAGAUGAAAGUCAUGCAAACCGACCCCGGGACGUUGUCGGAGUUUGGACGAAUUAUGUACGAGCAAAGAAUGAGAGAGAUCAAGGAGAAAUAUAAUUUUUCUUAGUUUUUUUAUUAAUGUAUCUUUUUUUUAAAAUUAUUGUCGCUUUUUUUUUAUUUAAUUAAUGUGUUUUUUAUUAUUCGUGUUUCAAUUUAAUUAAAUAAAAAAUUAAGUACAUUUUAUUAAUUUAAUUUUAGAAGAUGUAUAUUUAAAAAUGUAAAAAAUGAAGGUUUGAAGCCCAG